GUGAUGUCCCGGCGCAUUUAUGGCCCUAUCUGGAAGUCGACCUUCGGGCAUUACGAGAACAUCAACAUCGGGAGCCCGGUGGUGCUGGAGCAGCUGCUGCGGCAGGAGGGCAAGUACCCCAUGCGGAGCGACAUGGCCCUCUGGAAGGAGCACCGGGACACCCGGCGCCUGCCCUACGGACCCUUCACCGAGGAAGGGGAGCGCUGGUACCGCCUGCGCCAGGUCCUCAACCAGCGGCUGCUGAAGCCCUCGGAGGCGGUGCUGUACGCGGACGCCAUCGGGGACCCCUCAGGGGUGCUGGUGGGGGACGUGGCCAACCUGCUCUACCGCUUCGCCCUGGAAGGGAUCUCCUAUAUCCUCUUCGAGACCCGCAUCGGGUGCCUGAAGCAGCAGGUCCCUGCCGAGACCCAGCGCUUCAUUGACUCCAUCAACCUCAUGUUCAAGAACUCCAUCUUUGCCACCGUCCUGCCCCGAUGGAGCCGCAAGGUGCUGCCCUUCUGGGACCGCUACCUGGACAGCUGGGACACCAUCUUCGCCUUCGGCAAGACCCUGAUUGACCGAAAGAUGGAGGAGCUGGAAGGGCAGGUGGAGCGGGGCAAGGAGGUGUCCGGCUACCUGAGCUACCUGCUGGCCAGUGGCAGGCUCAGCCUGGAUGAGGUCUAUGGAUUGCUGGCUGGCGUGGACACGACCUCCAACACGCUGUCCUGGGCCCUGUACCAUCUCUCCCGGGACCCGGGCAUCCAGGAGACCCUGUACCAGGAGCUGAAAGCUGUCGUGCCUGACACCCGGUUCCCCGGUGCUGAGGACAUCCCCAAGAUGCCGAUGCUUCGGGCCGUUAUCAAGGAGACGCUGAGGGUCUAUCCCGUGGUGCCCACCAACGCCAGGGUCUUCUAUGAGAAGGACAUUGUCAUUGGAGACUACCUCUUCCCCAAGAACACCCUCUUCGUCCUGGCACACUAUGCGAUGUCCCACGAUGAGACGUACUUCCCCGAGCCCGAGCGGUUCCUUCCCCAGCGCUGGCUCCGGGGCCACGGCUCUCCCCACCCCCCCUUCAGCUCCAUCCCCUUCGGCUACGGGGUCCGCGCCUGCGUUGGCCGCCGCAUCGCCGAGCUGGAGAUGCACCUGGCCCUCGCCAGGAUCAUCCAGGCGUUUGAGGUGCGGCCAGACCCCCGUGGCGUGGAGGUGACGUCCGUGUCCCGCAUAGUCCUGGUGGCCGACAAGCCCAUCAACCUGGAAUUCAUUGCUCGCCCAGGAGCCCCGUGA